AUGUUACAUGGAGAACACAGUUGCAUUGAAGAGAUUAUUUAUAAGUUUGCGCAAUUAACUCCACAAGAAAGGACAAAAAGGUAUGGUAAGCAUUAUUAUGCACUAAAGAAGACUUUAAAGAAGCUUGAUCAUGAUGUAAGCAUACAAGAGUUUUUAGGAGCAAGUAACCAAGUAGCCAUUUCCCAAGCUCAAGUUAUGGAGUGUCAUAGGAGGAUAAGUUUUUGGAUGAACAUCGAUAGAAUAGAAAACACUGAGCACCUCAGUUUAUUGGAAGAAUCACUGAGGAAAUCUAUUGAAAGAAUCCAAUUUCACACAGAACACUACGGAAAGAAGCAACUUUUGCCAAUAGAAUAUACAACGACACAGGUUAAGACCAUUUGUUCUGCUUACCCUCUCUCACUCUCUGUCUUCAGUGGACAACUUCUUAACCAGACCAAAGCCUUAAAACUGCAGUUUCACAGCGGUAGUAGCAUGCAAGAAGCUGACGCCAUGUCUUGGCUUCCUGAUAACAGUAACCAGCAAACAAUAUUAACUGGUGAUUCCAGUUUUCUUCCUCAUAGAGAGAUGGAUGGUUCGGUUCCUGAUUACUCAAACUGCUUCGAUGAGACUAUAAAACAAGAAGAUCAGAAAUGCAGAAACCUUGGAAAACAAUUUGAGCAGUUAGAACAACAAGGAGACGGUUGUUUGGGUUUACAACAAGUUGGAGAGCAAUAUUCGUAUCCUACACCGUUUGCUACUACUCUUGUAAUGGAAGAAGGUCCUUCAUCAAUGUAUGAUCCAACAGCUAGUAGUAGUGGUUGCUUUCAAAUCCCUCAGGAUCAAAACAUGUUUGCCACUGAUCAUCAUCACCAUCAUCAAAAUUGGGUUUCAGGUUCAAUGUUUGGUCAAACUUCUUACAACCAGGUUUGUGUUUCACACCUUACAUUGGAAUUAUCUUAG